AUGGGUAUGCUCUGGUUGUUACUGAACAUUAUUGCUCAAACAGGAAUUGCCACCUUGAGUCUAACCUGGUCAGCAAAUCCGGGCCAAACGAACCUUUUUCGAGACAGUAGCAUUGGUAACAUGCUGGUUCCAAACAUGUCCGUAUAUGCGUCACACUCUGGUCGAUUCUCCGACCUACAUGGAGCUCUUCCCGAACUCUUUGCUGCCCAUAUACUGGGGGAUAUUGCAAGCAGUUAUAAUUAUAGCAAUCUGCCAUCAAAACCUUUGAAAGACAGACCAGAGGCGUUUAGUCCCGCCGUAUUCUGGAACGCAUCGGACCAUUGGCAAUACAACUUUCUUGAUAGUGCGCCACUAAAGUCAGGUUCUGCUAGCUCAUCUGCUGAUUCAAGUUCAAUCUCGAUGUAUACGGAACACACUGUUAAUGUAUCUGGCGUUUGUCAAACUCCCGCCUUCACAUUAAACAGCACCGAACGUCUCCAAAUCAUCACCAUCACAAAUACCGGAGAAAUCGUCUUUUUCCCUCCUUUGGCCGGUUUGCAAGAGUCGAUCUUCUAUCUCACUAAUCCAAUUCUAGACGAACCCCGCGCAAAUUGUGGCCCAAGGUGUGGCGUUGUUAAAGUCAUCGAAGCGGCAACGGGGCCGCCAGCACCAGGCUCAGAUCCUUCAUCCAAACCAUUCUACUAUUACGACUGCAAUAUAACAGUAUCAGCUGCAACCACAAACUUGUCCGAUACGAACGCUAUUGUAGCCGCACAAGCAAUAGCCCUCUCAGGACAGGUACAUCAAGGGAUGCUUGAAAUCGGAAGAAGAGACCAGUUCAUGUCCUACAAUAACGGCCUUCCUUUCGGAGAGUCUCAGAACAACAGCGCCACAGGGAUGGCAGAUCUAAUCUCAAGAUUUGCCAUUGGUGUAGUUGCGGCUGCAGCGCAGACAAAUCCAAAAGUUGUUGUUCAGGGUCACGCUCCAGUACAAGGCGUCCGGCUUGAGCUUGAGAAGCCCUUGGUGUUCAAUCUCAUUCUUAUUCUCACGGCGGCGAUUCAUUCUGUUCUGUUCUGCUCUGCGGCAUGGUUUUAUAGUCGUCUGGAUGUUCGAAAGGAGGCUGUGCUAUCUCAGACAGACGGAGAGAGACGGUUUGCGGUCGAGUUCGCCUUGAAAACGAAGUAG